AUGUCUGACCGACUGCGGCUGUCAGAUAUUGGCACUAGCAGCUGCGGUUCGACACAGUUACUCGAAGACGAAAUGAUUAAUUUAAUGGCUCUACCCUCAACCGCACCGGCCUUCUUGCAUGGGAACCAGAGCGAAGCGAAACCGAGUGUCAGUGGCACCCGUAGACACGUACUUCCGGAGAAUGCUGUGCUCCACCACCCACAACCGCAGGCCGCCCAUCAGCCGAGGAGGAUCAUAUGUUCCAUCUACAAGAAAGGCGACAAGUUGGAGUGUGGAAACUAUCGAGCGGUCGCCGUCCUUAAUGCCGCUCACAAAGUGAUAUCUCAGAUCAUUUUCCGUCGUUUGUUACCAAUAGUGAAUGAGCUCGUGGAAGGUUAUCAAGGCGGUUUCGUUGACGGACGCUCGAUAACGGGCCAGAUCUUUACUGUACUGCAAAUGCUUCAAAAAUGCCGUGAAUAA